AAGUGUAUCAAAAAGGAAAUAUUUAAGAAGAACUUAAACCAAUUCUUAUUUAUAGUAAUUAUUAAUUUAGAAUACCAAUUAUAAUAUAAAUCAUAUUUCAAUAUUUAUUAGUAUAUAAAAUAAGAAUUCAAAAUGUUAGCUGUAAAAAAUUUCUUUUUACCCGAACGUACUAAAGCACCCGAUACACCACAAAGAUUUUCACGUAUGCCAGAAGCAUUUUUACGUUCAAUACGUAGAAGAUCAUUACGUGUUAAACGUGCUAAAAGUUUAGUUGUACCAGAUAGAGAAAAACGUAAAUCAGAUUCAUUUGUAAAUAGUCAAGAAUGGACGAUAUCACGUUCAGUACCAGAUUUAAGGCUUGGAAUUGUUGGUUCACUAAAUUCAGGGAAAUCAGCUUUAGUACAUCGUUAUUUAACUGGUUCAUAUAUGCAAGAAGAAUCACCGGAAGGUGGAAGAUUUAAAAAAGAAGUAUAUAUUGAUAAUCAAAGUUAUUUAUUAUUAAUAAGAGAUGAAGGUGGACCACCAGAAAUGCAGUUUGCUGCUUGGGUAGAUGCUGUUAUAUUUGUAUUUAGUUUAGAAAACGAGGCUAGUUUUAAUGCAGUUUACAGUUAUUACACAAAAAUGGCGCAUUUUCGUAAUACAGCUGAAAUUCCGAUCAUAUUAGUUGGAACACAAGAUGCGAUUAGUGACAGGAGUCCGCGUGUAAUAGAUGAUACAAGAGCUCGUAAAUUAGCAAAUGAUUUGAAAAGGUGCUCAUAUUUUGAAACAUGUGCUACAUAUGGCCUUAAUGUCGAAAGAGUUUUUCAAGAAGCAUGCCAAAGAAUAGUUCAACAUAGAGUAUCUGGACCACCACCAGGUAUUACAAAUUCAAGACCAACAACACCGCAAGGAACACGUCUUGGUGUAGCUAGUUUUCAUCAUUCAAGUCCAUCAAAUGGUUUUUCAACAUCCUCACCAUCGAUAAUUGCCAGCACAGGAACUGGAAGCAAUAACAGUAGUACAUUAACUUUACCACAUCGUCAUCAUGUACUAUCAACGUCAAGCCAUCAUAUACCAACGAGAAUAAGUGCAGAUUUUGCACAUGUUGAACAACAAAAUCAAAAAUGGGGUGCUGUAUCACAUGGUCAAUUGCAGUCACAACAACAGCAAGCUGCAAUGUUAGCAAUAGCUAAUGAUAAUAAUAAUAUAGCAAAAUUUGUUCCAUUAAACCAAAAUGUUAUGUCCAUACAUAAUCAUCAACAACAAUCUCAACCACAACAUCAUCAAAAUAAUCAACAGCAUCAUGGCUCAGAAAAUUUAGCGCCACUAUCAUUAGCACCAUCUCAAAAAGAUUCUAAAGAUAUGAAUGGUACUUCUGGACAUGGAAAAGAUUUACCAACACCAACAUCAACACCGACAACAUCCCGUAAAAGUCGAAGAAGAUCAAAUCUAUUUAUACCUUCAUCAAAAAAAGAAGAUAAACUUAAAAAUGGUGAAAUGGGUAGUGGUAGAUCAAUUCCUUUAAAACAAGGUUACCUUUAUAAAAGAUCUAGCAAAUCAUUGAAUAAAGAAUGGAAGAAAAAAUAUGUGACAUUAUGUGAUGAUGGUAGACUAACAUAUCAUCCAUCAUUACAUGAUUAUAUGGAUGAUGUACAUGGUAAAGAAAUUCCUCUACAAUAUGUAACUGUUAAAGUUCCAGGACAAAAGCCACGUGGUUCAAAAUCUAUAAUUACAAAUAGUGCUCUAACAGCAUCAAUGAAUGGUAAACAAAAUGGUAUAAGUGAAGGCAUUGGAUGUUUAUCUUUAGCAAAAGAUAAUAAAAAAUCUACUGAAAAAUGCUUGCUUACAGCAUUUGAAACAUUAAGAGAACCAUUAAAAUCGAAUUCAUCGCAACAUACAAGCGGUGAUGAAGGUAUCGCUAUGAGUAACAGUAAUUCACAAACUUUCAUACCAAGUGAUAGUAAUCAACAACAACAGCAGCAAUUGCAACAGCAGCAACAAAAUAAAAUUGAAUCUCAAACACCAAAUGUUAAAAAAAGACACCGUCGAAUGAAAAGUAGUGGUGUCAAGAAUAAUGAAAUUGAUGAUCCAGAUGGUUUUGAAUUCUUUAUUGUAUCACUGGAUAGCAAACAAUGGCAUUUUGAAGCAGCAAAUAGUGAAGAACGUGAUGAAUGGGUUGCUGCUAUUGAACAAGAAAUAUUUAAAUCACUACAAAAUAUUGAAUCAAGUAAAAUGAAACCGGCUACCUCAAAUGAAGUAGCAAGUAUGGUUUCGAUUAGAUCUAGGGUACCGGGUAAUGAUUUUUGUGUUGACUGUGAUGCUGCAAAUCCAGAAUGGGCUAGUCUUAAUUUAGGUAUUUUAAUGUGUAUCGAAUGUUCUGGAAUACACAGAAAUUUAGGUUCACAUAUAAGUAAAGUUAGAUCUUUGGACUUGGAUGAUUGGCCACUUGGUCAUUUGAGUGUAAUGUUAGCUAUUGGUAAUAAUUUAGCAAAUUCAGUUUGGGAAGCAAAUAUUACUAGAAAUAGGAAAAAGCCAACAUCAAAUUCAAAACAUGAAGAAAAAGAGGCUUGGAUACGUAGUAAAUAUGAGGCUAAAGAAUUUUUACCAAUGUGCAAUCAAGCAGCUCCUCUCGGACAACAAUUAGUUGAGGCUGUAGUUAGAUCUGAUAUGAAGACCAUAAUUUUAGUACUGGCUAAAAUGUCACAUGAUCAAGUAAAUUCAACGGUUAGUACACGUGAUUUGAGAACUCCAUUACAUUUGGCAUGUGCAACGGGUAAUUUAGCUAUAGCUCAGCUAUUAAUAUGGAAUAAUGCAAAUAUUAAGAAAACUGAUCAUGAAGGUAGAACUUGUUUAGCAUAUGCUAAAGCAGCUGCGUCAUUAGCAAUUGCUAAAAGUCAUCAAAACUCAUCAUCAAAUGCGACAAUUUCAAGUAAUGCCAGUAAUAGUAGUACAGGUUCAACAGCUUCAGCUGGUUCUUCAACAAAUAAUGGAAGUGGUAUACCAGCACCGCAAUAUUCCGUUGAUGAUACUUCAGCUUUAGUUGAUUUACUAAAGGUAUUAGGGUGUCCUGAGUCAGCACCAUUAACAGCAAGCGGAACUUUACCACGUCGAAGAGAUACGUUAGGUACACCAUAUGAAAAAUUACCAUCAGGUGUUAUGUAAAGAUGAUUAAUAAUGGAAAAUGAACGAAAACAUUCGAUCAUAAUGAGUUUUUUUUUUUUAAAUCCCAAAUAUUUAGAAAAUUUUUAAUUAAUAAGUAUUUUAUUACUUUUGUGAAGAGACGCAGCUUUUUGUUUUUUUUUUGUUAAAUUUUCCAUUUUUAGCAUUUUCAUUUUAACUUAAAACAAAAAAAAAGUAGAAAAAUGAAAUAAAACUGUAGUAAAUUAGUUGAAAUAAAUUUAACGAAAAAUUAUAAUAAAAUUAAUUUAAUGAAAAAUUACAACUUAUUUAAGAUUUAUAAUAAUAUUUAAGUCAAAAAGUCUCAAGUAAUUUUGGAUUUAUGUUAAAAUUUUCCUAUUCGAUUAUUACUUUUGUGUUUAAACAAAAUCUUUGGCUUAAAUUAUUGUAAAUAAUUUUUUUUUAUUUCAUUUUGUAAAAUUAUCUACAAAACUUAUUAAUCUAUUGUUAAACUAGAAAUCUUUCGUUAAAUUAUGGAAAAGAUUAAUUUUACUAAAAUGAUUUAUUAAUUUUAUUGUAAAAAAUGAAAACCAAAAAAAAAAAAAAAUUGAAGAUAAUCUCAAUAAUUAAAAUUAGAAAAUAAAUUUUUGUUUACAUGUAAAAGUUCCGUUAAUGUUUCGUUUAUUUUUCGUUAAAUAAACAACAACAGUUAUAUACUUAUUACCUCUUUUUUUUUAAAAUAACUAUUAUUAUUACAUUUUUAUUUAAGAUGUAAUAUUUUAAAUGUGAUGUUGUUUUUUUUUUAAUUAUAAUUUUAUUUUAGAUUAUUAUUUAAGUUUUAUCUUGUGUCCGAUUAUGUCGUUGUAAAUGCUGAGACCGAUUUUGAUUAACAAAUAAAUUAAACAUCAAGGGUAAAUAGUCUCGAUCUGUUUAUGUAAGAACUAAAUUAGUUUCAUAAAUAUUUGUUUUUAUUUUUAGUCCUUUAUUAUUAAAUUAAAAUUUUAAUUAACAAAAAAAUAUAAAUUAUUUGCAAGAAAUAUAUAUUAUAGUAUCUGUUGUAAUGUUGUUUAUUCUAAUAAAAUUAAUAAAUAUGUAAAUAUUACCUAAUUAAAAUUAAUUUAAUUUUUAACAUGACAGAAAUACAUGUAAAAUAAAUAUGUAAAAAAAAAUUUUUUUGAUUUGUGUUUAAGUAAAUUCAAAAUUUCGUCUUUUUUUUUAUUAAUAAUUAUUCUUCGUUAAAUUUAAAUUUAGGGUGAAAAUAUUUUUUGUGUGAAAUUUUUAAAUGUGUUAGCUAAUUAUAUAUUACAUAAAUUCAAUUUAUAUUAUGAAAUAAAUAUGAAAUUUUAUUUUUCCUUCUUUUAUGAAAAAUUUAAAAACAAAAAUACUAUACAAUUUGAAUAAAAUUGAGAGAAAAAUAAAAAAAAAAAUGUUAAAAUAAUAAGAAAAAAUUCGAAGCAAUGACGAAUAUUAUGUUGAUUAUCCGUAAAACAAAAUGAAAGUAAAGUAACUUUAAACAAAAAUUAUUAAAUAAUAAUUUAAAAGAAAAUAAAAUAAUUGAAAAUUAUUAAAUAUAAUAGAAAUGU